GUGCCGCGCUGUGCGGCCCCUCCCGGGAGCGGAAGCGGAAGCGGCGGCAGCGGCCCGGCGGGGCGGCCCGGCAGCAGCGCCCGCGGAGCGCCGGGGAGAGCCGGGAAACAUGCAACAUGGCAGCAGCCAUGGAAACUGAACAGCCGGCGCUGGAAAUCUUUGAGACCGCGGGUCGGGAGGAGCAGGUCCCGAGGGAGGAGCAGCCAAAACUGGAACCUUUCUAUGUGGAGAGGCAUUCCUGGAGCCAGCUCCGGAAACUGCUGACGGACACGCGGAAGUAUCAUGGAUACAUGAUGGCAAAAGCCCCUCACGACUUCACAUUCGUGAAGAAAAACGAUCCUGAAGGUCCCCAUUCCGACAGGAUCUACUAUCUGGCAAUGUCUGGGGAGAACAGGGAGAACACACUCUUCUACUCUGAAAUCCCCAAAACCAUAAACAAAGCUGCCGUCCUGUUGCUUUCCUGGAAGCCUCUUCUGGAUCUUUUUCCAGCCAUCCUGGACUAUGGGAUGUACUCCCGGGAAGAGGAAUUGCUGCGGGAGCGGAAGCGGAUCGGCACCGUCGGGAUUGCCUCCUAUGAUUAUCACCGGGAGAGUGGCACCUUCUUAUUCCAGGCAGGGAGUGGGAUUUAUCAUGUGAAGGAUGGAGGCCCUCAUGGAUUCACUCAACAGCCAUUAAGACCCAUCCUGGUAGAGACCAGUUGUCCAAAUAUCCGGAUGGAUCCCAAGCUUUGUCCAGCUGAUCCAAAUUGGAUUGCGUUUAUCCAUUGCAACGACAUCUGGAUAUCCAAUAUAGAAUCCAGGGAGGAGAGGAGGCUGACGUUUGUGCACAAUGAACUGGCCAAUGUUGAGGAGGAUCCAAAAUCUGCUGGCGUGGCCACUUUUGUGCUGCAGGAGGAGUUUGACAGAUACACUGGCUACUGGUGGUGCCCAAAGGCACAGCCAACACUGGAUGGGGGUAAGGUCCUUCGAAUUCUUUAUGAAGAAAACGAUGAGUCAGAGGUGGAAAUUAUCCAUGUCACAUCCCCCAUGCUGGAGACAAGAAGAACAGAUUCCUUUCGGUACCCCAAAACUGGUACAGCAAAUCCAAAGGUCACUUUCAAGAUCUCUGAGGUGACAAUCAAUGCAGAAGGCAGAAUUGCAGAUGUUGUGGAUAAAGAGCUAGUUCAGCCCUUCGAGAUCCUCUUUGAAGGAGUAGAGUACAUUGCUAGAGCUGGGUGGACGCCAGAAGGAAAAUACAUCUGGUCUAUCCUGCUGGAUCGCUCCCAAACUCGGCUGCAGAUAGUCCUGAUCCCUCCUGCAUUAUUCAUCCCCACAGAAGAUGAUGCAAUGGAAAGGCAGAAACUCAUCGAUGCUGUCCCAGAUUCUGUUACACCUUUCAUUAUUUAUGAAGAAACAACAGACAUCUGGAUAAAUAUCCACGAUAUCUUCCAUGUUUUCCCCCAAACCCAGGAAGAUGAGAUAGAGUUCAUCUUUGCCUCCGAGUGUAAAACAGGAUUCCGGCACCUGUACAAAGUCACCUCGGUGCUGAAGGAGAGCAAAUACAAACGGUCCUGUGGAGGCCUCCCUGCCCCCAGUGACUUCAAGUGCCUCAUCAAAGAGGAGAUAGCGAUUACCAGUGGGGAAUGGGAAGUGCUUGGCAGACAUGGAUCCAAUAUCUAUGUGGAUGAAGCCAAGAAACUGGUGUACUUUCAAGGCACAAAAGACUCACCUCUGGAGCAUCACUUGUACGUUGUGAACUACGAGAAUCCCGGGGAAGUGAAGCGACUGACAGAACGUGGAUACUCCCACGCCUGCUGUGUCAGCCAGGACUGUGACAUGUUCAUCAGCAAGUACAGUAAUCAGAAGAACCCCCACUGUGUGUCACUGUACCGGCUCACAGGGUCAGAAGAUGAUGCAGCUCACAGGACAAAGGAAUUCUGGGCUACCAUUUUGGAUUCAGCAGGCCCUCUUCCCGAUUACAUUCCUCCUGAAGUGUUCUCCUUCGAGAGCUCCACGGGGUUCACGCUCUACGGAAUGAUGUACAAACCUCACAACCUGCAGCCUGGGAAGAAGUACCCCACUGUGCUCUUCAUCUAUGGAGGCCCUCAGGUACAGCUGGUGAACAACCGGUUCAAAGGAAUCAAGUAUUUCCGACUGAACACUUUGGCCUCCUUAGGCUACGUUGUGGUUGUCAUUGACAACAGGGGCUCCUGCCACCGAGGGCUCAAGUUUGAAGGAGCCUUUAAAUACAAAAUGGGGCAGAUAGAGAUCGAUGACCAGGUGGAAGGGCUGCAGUACUUGGCGUCGCAGUACGACUUCAUCGACCUGGACCGUGUCGGCAUCCACGGCUGGUCCUACGGAGGAUACCUCUCCCUCAUGGCUUUAACACAGAGGUCAGAUAUCUUCAGGGUGGCUGUAGCCGGAGCCCCCGUCACACUGUGGAUUUUCUACGACACGGGAUACACGGAGCGUUACAUGGGCCACCCGGAGCACAACGAGCAGGGCUAUUACCUGGGAUCCGUGGCCAUGCAGGCUGAGAAGUUCCCUUCUGAACCAAACCGCUUGCUGCUGCUGCACGGGUUCCUGGAUGAGAACGUUCACUUUGCACACACCAGUAUUCUGCUCAGCUUUUUGGUGAGAGCUGGGAAACCCUAUGACUUACAGAUCUACCCUCAGGAGAGACACAGCAUCAGGGUGCCUGAGUCAGGAGAGCACUAUGAACUGCACCUGCUGUAUUACCUGCAGGAGAACCUGGGCUCUCACAUCGCUGCCCUGAAGGCCCUGUGACCAACCCCUCCACUCCGCUCCACGGGCUGUGCUCCGGACGAGGAGGUGCAGGGAAGGAGAGCAAACAGGAUGGAACGUUGCAUUCUGGUGCCUGCCACACGUACACACAUGUACACACACUCACAGACACUUUUUUUAAAGAAGUAAAUUUGGUGCCAUACAGGAAAUUAAAGUACGGUGAUUUAAUAACUUCGAAGUUUAAGCUGUAAAUAAAAUCCACUGUCUGUGGUAUAACACAGUACCAUGGGUUUUCUCUGGGGGGAGGAGCUGAAACUGAAAAUAAUGUCCUUCUGCAGCACCAGAGCUUCACUUUUUAAAAGCAUUAUGACAUAAUUGAUGUAUUUUUACAGUGUGUUCCUUGGUAUCUUAUUACAUAAUACUGGAUGAUUUGCUCACUACACAGCAGGAUUUUGUUUACCUGAAUGGUUACAACUUGUAUUAAUUUUAAAUGCUAUCAUAUAGCUUUUAUGCUUCAUGAGGGGGAUGUGUCUCACUCCUUAGAAACUGGUCACAAGUUGGACACAUCACCUCUCUAGAUGUUAAUUGUUUUUUAAGAAGAAAGACUUUUAAGCUGCCUCCUAAUGAAUUUAAAGUUUGGAUUCAGUUCAGUUGAUACCAGGUUCUUUGAUUCCUUCUCCCCCAGGAUAAAUCAUUCUUUUUUUCUUCCAGCAGCUUGAGAUCCUAUCCUGAUUGUACUUGAUUUCAAUGGGGAAGUGAGUUGAUAUUUUACUGUGAUAUGGACAUAACAAUCUUUUAUUCUGAGGUGCAAACUAACUUAAGUCAAAGAGCUGAAACUCUGUAAAUUUUAAAACAAGCUUCAAAGUGCAUCCCACUGACAUUUUUCCCUGAUGUUCACUGUGGAGCUGGGUUUGCAAUACUCUUUCCUUACCCUCACAUCAGCAUGAUAUAGGCAUCUGCAUCCUGUUAGGAUUUUAAAAUUCAAUACUCUUAAUUCUGCAGAGGAUGUGGGGCAAUAUGAACUGUUCCAUAGAAUUUCCUGCUGUAUGAGGGACUUUUUCCCAGGCUCGUGCUCUGUCCAGUCCCCUGUUCCUGGGUCUUUUCUAGCACUGCUCUGUAGCAUGAUAAUGAUGCUGAUGCUGUCUCUGAGAACCCCUUUCCGUGCAGCUUCAGGUAACCCCACAAAUCCUCGAGGGAUUGCAGUCCCAGUGGCUUUGCUGGUGAGGUUUAACUACACAGCAGGCUUGGCUGAAAAGCAUAAGGGUGUGAGGGCACUUUUAACUGGCAACAGAUCGUUUAGGAUAGAAAUCCGUAGCAAAAUGAUUCUCUUUAAUCCAGGAAAUUCCACCCCUGGGACUUGCCUCUGAGACUCCAGUAAGUUUUAAUGGUUUUCUUAGAAACCCAAGAACUUCCUUUUCUUCCUCGUUUGGUGCUAGAGAGGAGCAGAGCACGAUUUUCUUUUCAUCUGCUGAAAAUCUGGAAUCACUCUUGGUGUUUACACUCCUAGUACUCCACAUGUUGUAACCUUGUACUUCCCUUGAUUUUUGUGCUGUUCAGCUCGAUCCCGAAACUGGGGGAUUGAACAGAGUCUGGCUGUGUCGGAUCAAACCGCAUCGUUUUCCAGUGAAACUGCUGGCCUUGGGCACCGAAGCAGUGGGAGCUGGUGCACUUACACGGUUGUAAAAUCCCUGUGUGAGAACAGGAUCUGGGAUUUGGGACACACAAAAGAGCCAAAGCCAACAGGCCUGCAGUGAGGGCGCGUUCCCUCCGCAGCGGGGAGGUUCGGUUUGGGCUGUUUGCUGGUUUUCAAACCACAGUGACUGUAAGUGGAUCAGUUAAAAUGCCACUGGCAGGUCAAUAACGGGUUUAUUUUGGGAAGGGCAUGGCAGGGAAGGAGCCUAGCUCCUGGAAUGUCUUCUCUCAGUGGUUAAUUGUGGCUGAGGCAAAGGCAGCAUCCCACUGGUGUGUGCUACAGUCAGCACUGAGAGAGGAGAAACACAACAGUGAGUGGAGACAAGAAUAAGCUGUUCCUCUGGAAUUCCAUUGUGUUCCCAAUGUGUUUAUGCUGUAUUAUAUAUACAUAUAUCUAUAUCUGUUCAUAUAUACAUAUAUGUAUAAAAUUACACGUGGAUGGUAUCACCUUUUCCAAGGUUGUUUAUAUUUUGUUCAAUAUUAAAUUAACUUGCUUUUUUGGGGUGUUUUUGUUCUUUUUCUAGAGGUGAUUACCCUUGAAUGUAAAUGUAUAUGAUUUUUAAGAUGAAAUCGAUCCUUUUGUUUAAAAAAACAGAACAAAAAUGGCCUUCAUCAAACAGUGCUUUUUUUUGGGAACUGAAGAACUGAAUGUUAUGCAAGUAAACCAGGCUGGGUUUGGAUUUGAGGCAGGAUGUGAUUAUAAGCUCUGACAUAUAACUUUUAAUAAUGCAUCCUUCCCCUGUUUUAAAUAUACACAUCGAAAAGCUAUUAAAGUACAACGUACUGUAACUGCUCUGUUUUGCAACAUAAAUGAUGGAUUCUUCCUUUCCCACCAUUUUCUUUCCUUUUUACCAUAGUUAAGCACUUUAAGACCCCGUGCUCUCUUAUCCUGUGGAAGUGCUGGAGGAUUUAUCACCAGAGUUUUGUAGUUCUUGCAGAAGAGAUGCCUUAGAUGAAGUCUGAUUCCAGCUAAAUUCCCAGUGAAGAAGGGCAAAGCCUGUUGUGAUCGAGACUGCAGAGGUAGGAAGGUGUCAGUGCUGAGGGACUGUUGUAUCCAUAUUUUUAGGGGGAGUGGUAUUCCUGCACCUCCUAUGGUGAGGUGCUGGUCUGACCUUACAGUCCUGGAGAUGGGAAUGUUGCUCGAGGAGGUUUCCAGCCUGUUUGAUAUUUGGGAUUAUACUUUGUCACUUUCUGCAUGUUAAAAAAAAUCUCUUGGUUAAUGUGAGUUUUCAGCAGAACUAGUGAGAUCCUGAGGAGCACGUGCAAGGGAGGUUGGAGGAGGAAGCCAUCCCUAUGGCUCCCAAACCAGAGGCCGGAAUGUCCAACAGGACACCUGCUCUGAGCAGGGGCAGGACUGAGCCUUCCUUGGUGGUGGCACAGGUGUCUUUGAGAUGAAUGUUUUCAUAUAUUUAAGGGUAUAUGUGAAAUAUGGGGAUCUGAGUGCUGAGAUACUGAAUUGUUGAGUGUUGGUGCCAGCAGUUCCCCCCCUUUUGAGGUGCUUGGGAUGGGUUGUGCUUGUUUCUGGUGGAAGCACGUUCUUUCACCCCAUUUUAAUGCAGCUUCCAGUGAUGCCUCGUGAGUGUGGGAUGUGCAGAGCUGUUGGGUUUCACCCCCACCCCCUUUGUUUCUCAUGGUCUCUUUUUAUUCAGAACAAAGUAAAAUUAGUACCUACCUACAACUGCUUAUUUUUUACAAACUCAAUGGAAUAACGAGCUCAAAGCACUGAGUAAAGCUUUGAAAAUAACUAACUUCAUUGUAUUAGAAUGGAAAAUGCAUUCCCUACUUAUUAGUGGUGUUUGGGAAUAGGCUAUGGAAAAACUUUCUGAGCGGGAUGGUGUGGUAAUGCUUGAACCCUGGAGCACCUACGUCUGAGACUGGGUGGGAAAUCAUGGAGAACUCACAAACUCCCAUCCCGGGGGUCCCAACCCCUAUUCCCUGCCAGGAGAAGUGGGUUGUGUUCCUGCUGUGUGUGUCCCUGUGUCAGACAGGCUGCUGGCAUGUGACACCCAACUUCUGCCAAGGCAAUAACUGAGUCUCAGUAACUGAAGCAUCAGCCAGAUGAGGACACUGCCUUGAGCUGCCUGUUUGAGUACCAGGGCCCUGUAGGGCCUUCCCGUGUGCCCCUUUGGAGGGGGAAGAGAGAUCUCCCUGUUUUUACUUGGCUGUUGUGCACAGUAGAAGUUCAGGUGUUUAAUUUGAGAACAUGAAGUGCCUGCUGUUUGCAUUAACAAAAUUGCAUGUCUCACUCCAGUGGGUUUAUUGGGCUCCCUCCCUCCCACCCUCCCGAGCUCCAUGGCUUUUAAUCAUGUAAAGUGGAGACAUUAGUUUUGCUGCGUUUUAUUACGAAACCUUUGUUGCAAUAAAGAUGCUGCUAAAUAAAUUGAAUUAAAUGUUGGGUUUCUUCCUACCCUA